UUCCAACUCUAUAUAAUAGGAAGCCAUUCUGCUGGAUUUGCAAUCAAGGAGUUAUCACCAAGAGAGGACAUUACUAAAGGAGAAUUAGGUCAUCUAGUGACAUUAGAAAGAAGUAAAAGUCAUGGCAUCAAGGAUUUUGACCUCAAGGAAGUCUGUGCAGAUGUGCAGGAAUGUGAGAGUGAGUGGGGAUGUGAUGCAAGAAAUGACAAAGAAGAACUUUUGACCCAUAACAAAAAUAUCACUCAUGGAGAAGAUCAAGAUAAGAAGUCCUUAAUUAAUCUUCCUCAGAGUGUUUCUGUAAGAAGUAAUGCACGUGAAUAUUUCACGCAUGACAAGACAUUCAUAAGAAGUUCGUUAACAACGAAAAAUAACGUCAGCGUUGCUAGAAACAGAGAUCUCAAGUGUUUGGAAAGUAGACCUGGAGUGAGGCUGCAGGCCCAGGCGGCUCAGCCGCAGAGAUGUGCAGCUGAGGAGAAAGUGUAUGCGUGCGGUCAAGGUGAGAAGCCAGUCAGCAGUGGUUCCUCAGUUUCACCACUUCACAGAGUUCCUCCUAGUGUGGAAAACACGUUGUCACCUGCGCAGCACAGGAGUACACACACUCGAGAAAAAUCUUACAGCUGUAAUGACUGUGGGAAGGCUUUUAGCAAAAGCUCAAACCUCAGGAAUCACAGGAGAAUUCAUUCUGGACAGAAACCUUACAGAUGUAAUGUGUGUGGCAAAGCCUUUAACCAGUGUUCUAAUCUCACUACACAUCAGAGAGUGCAUACAGGAGAGAAACCUUACAAAUGUCAUGAUUGUGGCAAGGUCUUUAGUCGAAAUUCACACCUUGCAAAUCAUCAGAGAAUGCACACUGGGGAGAAACCAUAUAAAUGUCAUGAGUGUGGCAAAGCCUUUACCCAGUUUUCACACCUUAGUAGACAUCAGAAAAUGCAUGCUGGAGAGAAACCACACAGAUGUUAUGAGUGUGGCAAGCAUUUUACGCAGCGUUCAAACCUUAUGGCGCACCAGAGAAUUCAUACAGGAGCAAAGCCUUUCAAAUGUAAUAAAUGUGAUAAGGCUUUUAUUGAACAGUCACAACUUUGGGGUCAUGAGAGAACUCACACUGGAGAGAAACUUUACAAAUGUGAUGAGUGUGGCAAAGCCCUCACAAGACAUUCAUAUCUUACUCAACAUAAAACAAUCCACACUGGAGGAAAACCUUACAAAUGUAAUGAGUGUGGCAAAGCUCAUACUCAAUUAGCAAGCCUCACCAGGCAUCUCAAAAUACAUAUUGAAAACGAACGUAAGCCUCACACAUGUGGUAAUGCUAUCAUUCAAAAUUCAAGUUUAGGGAUCAUCCGAUUUCAUAGUAGAAAGGAACUUUAAAAAUAAAACGAUUCAGACAAAAUUUAUGCGUGUAUUCAAGCCUUACUCAACAUAUGGGACUCUAUCAGGGAGAAAGAACACAUACAGAUGGCCAGCAGGCGCAUGAAAAGAUGCUCAGAAUCACUGAUCAUCAGGGAAGUGCAAAUCAAAAGCUCAACGA